AGAGCGUCUCCGAUCUGCGCGUCGCGCUAUUCGCUGGCCAGAGCUGCGGGGCGCGUUCAGUCUGCUCCAAGCCGCGAACGCGACAACUUGCGCCGCGACCCAACGCGAAAACAAACCGCGCUCCGUAUUCUUGCUCUCUCUCUCUCCUCUUACGGGAUUUCUAGAGGGAUCGUAACGAGCCGAUAAAUCCAUCUCGGGUAAAUAUAUAUUUUCUCGACGGCCGGCCUUUUCUCUCGACACGAGGCCGUCUCUCGUAAAGAGAAGAGGAGUGAAUCGUCGUCGUUGCGUCGGAAAAAGCGUUUUAACAUAUGAUACCAACGGGAAAGGAGGAUACCUCGCGAUCGUACUCUUUGGUGGACGUGAACACGUUACCACCGUAUCUGUACACGGAGGGAUGAGAAAAUGCCUCUGUGAUGUUGCAUCGGAGCACAUCAUCGCGACGCUGUAGGGCAUCGCGGAACAUGACGAACCUUGGCCACACCUCGCCGAUCGCCGGGCCAAGAGGGCGCCGCGCCAGCGUGGCCACCGACAAACCUGUCGACCUGCCGCCGACCACUCUCAGGGGAACGAUGGAGCGUCAACGCUCGCCACGGGGCAGCAUCGUCCCCCCCGAUAUCGCUCUUGACAUGGGAAACGGCGUCGAGGCCGUGGUCAACCACAAGCCGCUUCCGGACCAGUACGGCGACGCGAGGAGCCAGGCGGCGUUCAACCAGAAGAUGGUUUCGCGAAGCCCGCGAAACUCGCUGGUCCCGGACGAUUACUAUCGAACCAGCCGCAACGGUGGCGUGUCGCGAAGCCCUCGCAACAGUUUGGUCCCGGACGCGAAUCCCGACCUGCUCUACAGCUCGCGCCACUCGUUGCUCCCCGACCCUCCUCCUCUCAGCCCGCGAAACUCGUUGGUGGCGGAUGGCGGGCACAACAGGAGCCCGAGGAACAGCCUGGUCCCGUUGACCGGGUCGAGGACGUCCCUCGUGUCCGAGAACGGGAACCUGGGAUCUCGGGGAAGCCCCCGCCACUCUUUGAUACCGAACUCGUCGAGGAGCCCGAGGGGGAGCGUGACGAACAUGGAGCUGGUCGAUCGAAGCCCCCAGAGAAGCCCGAGAGGGUCCAUAGCGUCGGAGUGCUUGAACCAGAGCCCGAGGAGCUCGAUUGUCCCGUACGAGAGAUCGUCGCGGGGGAGCAUCGGCGUGAACGAGGCGGCGGCGCACAGAGGAUCGAUCGGGGCCAAGGAGGAGGAGGAGGCGGCGAGGAGCCCGCGUCGCGGCAUCGAUCCCGAGCACGCGAUCGACAGGACGCCGAGGGGGAGCCUGAGCGGGUUGCAGGAGAGGAGAGGCACAAAGGCGAGCCUGAUAGCGCAGGAUCCGAGGAGGGGUUCGGCCGAUCAAGGGGUGAACGGCAAUCGAAAUUCCUCCCCCUCUCGGGAGAGGAAGGAGGUGAACACGGGAAGUGUCAAAUCCCGCGGAAGCACGGUCCAGAUCAAUUUAGGAUAUGGGCCAAACACCUUCGAGGAUUCUAGACGGGCCAGCAGCUCCGUCUCCCAGUUUUCAGGCGACGAGUCGCGGCGUCUUUUCGCCAACGGGGCCAAAGUGGCGGAGAACACGGCCGAGAGCAGGAAUCUGGGCGUGAUUACCUACGGUUCCGUGGUGUUCCAGUUGAAGGACGCGAAUCUCGAGGCGAACAACAUCUGCGACUUCGUGUUUCGGGGGAUGAGGGUCGUGUGUAGAACAAGGGUCGUUACAGUGUGCCUGUUCUGCCUGUCCGCAGUCCCGAUUCUCAUGUUGAUUUACGGUUGGAACUACUCGAAAGACUGUCCAAAGGAGCCAAGGAUACCCAUGUACCUGGUGAUCGGCGGAACAUUCGGAACCAUGCUCAUGAUGCUGCUCAUCUACUCGCAGAUACAGUCGAGGAGGCCGGAAAUGCCCCCUGUUCCAUCCAACAGGCCCCAAAUUUCCUUCAUGAAAUUGAUCAUCAUCGUGUUAUCAUGCUUCCUGCUCGGCUGGUUCGUGAUGGGAAAUUAUUGGAUACUUCACAUCAUGUGGCCAUCGUACACGUUCUUGUUGCACACUCCGAACGACCACUGUCACAAAACGCUCUACCUGUUCUCCCUGGUGCAUCUUGGCGUGAUGUACAUCACGUUCGGGAUCAUGCUGCUCGUGGUGACCGUGCUGGCGUCUUUCAGAAUCCUAGCCUGCCCCUUAUCGGAAAGAUACAAAUAACCACAGGAGUUGUUCACUCGCGUGAGAGAGGCGGUGGGCGAGAAAGGGCGGGCGGAGGAUGGGCGGAGCGCGGUCCAAGGGCAACUUCUGAAGGGAGUCAUAAAGCGGAGCGAGUAUCGUGCGAAGCAACGAAACGACGAGAUCGUUUCCAACGAUCGGAUCGCCAAUCGUGAAUCUAACCUGUCGAAUCGCGAUCUCGUGGCCAAUGGAAAAGGGGUACACUUUCGAUUGAACUUGGGCUGCGACGUCGAUUCGGACGAUGGCAACCGGCGAUUCGUUACUUAGCGAAAAUCUCGCGAGGAUCGAAGUCGGCGUUGAAAAGGAGAGGAGGCGUAAAGGAGAAGAAUCGCGUUACCUGGAUUCGAGGAAAAAAAACCUUUGCGAAAAAAGAUCGCUUCCCGACUUUCCAUCCCAAUUAAUCCGUUCUUACCGAUUUCAACCGUGAUCAACCGUUAACGAAGACGAAUGAAUUUCGGGGAAAAUUGAACGUUUCCAAGAUGAAACGAUUCCACGAAACGGAAGGGAAUAAACGUGAUAUACGUUCCUAGCUAAUUACACGUGGGUGCGUUCCAUUACUCAGAAUCCAUGAGAAUACCACUUCGUGGAAAACGGUCCAUUGUUUAUCGUGCUGGAUCGCAUUAUUAUUGCUGGAUUUCCAAGUGUAAAACAAUUUGCGGCGUUCGCAAAUGAUACGGGGGAAAUGAUGGAAACGAAUUGAAUUCGUUUUGAGAAACGAACGAUCAAGAACGAAGGAUAAACAAGGUCUCGAAGUAUCGCGAGGCAGGCUGCCAUUCGAUUAAAUCCGAAAUUAAUUCAUCGAGAAUCCAUGGAGAACAACGUUCCUCUUCGAAUCGCGAAUAUUUGGAAGAAAGGAGUCGGAGCAAAGAGGAAAACAGAUCAAAAGAUCCCGUAUUUGCCUAUACGUUAAAGAUUACAGAAAAGUAAACCGGAGGAGAUUUUUAACGUGGAGGAUCUCGUCCAAAGAAAUUCGAGUAUCUCGAGAGAGAGGGGAAGCUCGAUAAAUCGUUCAUUCGAUAAUAUUUAUCAAAGGGAUCGAAGGUAAGCUUUUGUCUUUUCUUUUCUUUUCCUUCCUUCUUUUCUUUUUUUCAACACUUUCGAACGUCUCGAAAAUUCACGCUCGAUGAUCCAUUUGAAUCAAGGAAGAGGAUGUCGACUUUUUGUCCAAGUUCGUUUGACUGUAAUAUCGAUUGGUUUUACCGUCACGUCGAAAAUCCGUACAAACUUUUUCAUACGUAUUUUUCUUUUUUUUUCAUCGACGAUCAUGAGACGUCCAUUCACACCGUAGCUGAAACUAUUAACAGUAUCGCGUAACCGACUGAAAUCCUGAAUUCAACUUAAUCGACACCAAUUCUUUUUUAUUUCAUAAACUACGUUCAACCAUUGUUUUCCGUAACGAUCCGUUCUAUUGAAACAGACUCUCGUGAAUGAGCUUUUUUCGUUAAAUAUAGAUUCGCAAGUACAAACGAAAAAAAAAAAAAAAUCACGAGAUGAAUCGCGAUGAUUUGAUUUGUGCCCGUUUUGUCCUUAAAAUAGUGUUAAACAAAAAUGACACGUGAACAUUUUUAUGUUCCGUUAUUCGUUAUUCGAUGAAAUGCGGAGCCGAUAUCGGAUGAUAAAAGCUUAAACGGAAACUGUAAAUUAUUUGAAAGGAUAACGUAUCGAUGUCUGUCGUUCGUUGCACGAGGCCGCGUUGAAAAUGCCCCCUCAAAACAGAGUCCAAAAACCGUGGUGCGUCCACGCGUGUCCGAUAGAUAUCACCGUCGAAUAAAUGCCAAGAGUAUCUCGAACUCUCGAAGAGGAUAAAACGAAUAAGUGUCAAUUAAAUCAACGCAAUUUCGGAAAUUUCGUUUCGUGAGAUGACGGUCGGUGUACACGCGGUUUGAUGUAUACAUAAA